CCGGCAGGUUCGCGGCGGCCCCGCUGGUGCUGGCCGCGGUGCGGCCGAAGGCUGUCCGAGGUAGGCUCCUCUCGGCUCUCCUAUGGAGAAGGCGGCGCUCACUGCAGUCCCGGAUGCACGAACUUCCCGCGGGACGUCGCCGGAGACGGUGGCUGUGUGCGCGCAGGAGCGAGCUGCCUGCGUGGGGGUCUGAGCGGGCACUCGGGUCGCGUCCCGGAGGGAGCCGCGUCGCCCGCCGGCCUGCGACGGCCCUAAGGGUGGAACUACUCUGCCAUGGUUAAAUACUUUAAAUGGGAAUAAAGGAUAGCAUUUCCAAGAAAAUGAGAAUGAAUAAAUCAUCUCUGUUUUUUAAAAGAAAGACCAUAUUAAACUUACAUGAACUCCGUAGAGUGGCAUGGUGAUGGUGGAGUAAAAGAGAGACGUGCUUGCAUCAAAGGAUGCAAAGUAACAAGGUCUCUCACUGAACCUGUGGCUGAGCUGGCAAGAAGCAAGCCUGAGCAGUCCUAUUGUCUGCUUUCUCCCCUGUUCCUAGUGCCGCCGCCAUUAGAGGAGGCUGAGGAAGGAAGGCCUAAUCGGGGAUGCUGAAAGCUGGAAAAAAGUUUGAAGACUGCAUCAUCCUGCCUCCAGUACAAGCAGUUUCUCUGUUCGGUGAUCAAUGUCACUCACAGGAACUUAAGUAACUAACGAAAUGAGCCUGGGGCGUGGAAAAUAUGACUUUUAUAUUGGUCUUGGAUUGGCUAUGACCUCCAGCAUUUUCAUUGGAGGGAGUUUCAUUUUGAAAAAAAAAGGCCUUCUGCGACUUGCCAGAAAAGGCUCCAUGAGAGCAGGUCAAGGAGGCCAUGCAUAUCUUAAGGAAUGGUUAUGGUGGGCUGGACUGCUGUCAAUGGGAGCUGGUGAAGUGGCCAAUUUUGCUGCAUAUGCAUUUGCUCCGGCCACACUGGUGACUCCACUAGGUGCACUCAGCGUCCUUGUAAGUGCCAUUCUGUCUUCAUACUUCCUAAAUGAAAGACUUAAUCUUCAUGGGAAAAUUGGGUGUUUACUAAGUAUUCUAGGAUCUACAGUUAUGGUCAUUCAUGCUCCAAAGGAAGAGGAGAUUGAGACCUUAAAUGAAAUGUCACAUAAGUUAGGUGACCCAGGUUUUGUGGUCUUUGCAACAUUUGUGGUCAUUGUGGCCUUGAUAUUCAUCUUUGUGGUGGGACCUCGACAUGGACAGACAAACAUUCUUGUGUAUAUAACAAUCUGCUCUGUGAUUGGAGCAUUUUCAGUCUCCUGCGUGAAGGGUUUGGGUAUCACUAUAAAAGAGUUGUUGGCUGGAAAGCCUGUUCUGCAGCACCCCCUCGCCUGGAUUCUGCUGCUUAGCCUUGUGGUCUGUGUGAGCACACAAAUUAAUUACCUAAACCGGGCUCUGGACAUUUUCAACACUUCCAUUGUGACUCCAAUAUAUUAUGUGUUCUUUACAACUUCAGUUUUGACGUGUUCAGCUAUUCUUUUUAAAGAAUGGCAAGAUAUGCCUGUUGAUGAUGUCAUUGGGACCUUGAGUGGCUUCUUCACAAUCAUUGUGGGGAUAUUUUUGUUGCAUGCCUUUAAAGAUGUCAGUUUUAGUCUAGCAAGUCUGCCUGUAACUUUUCGAAAAGAUGAAAAGGCAGUGAAUGGCAAUCUUUCUAAUAUGUAUGAAGUUCUUAAUAAUAAUGAAGAAGACUUACCAUGUGGGAUUGAACACACUGGUGAAAAUAUCUCCCGUAGAAAUGGAAAUCUGACAUCUUUUUAAGGAUAUGUUUGAAAAGUUAACCUAUAAUUCUGUUAUAAAAGUGAUUUUUGAGUGUCAGAAUGUUAUCUGAAAAAAAUUGUCCUCAAAUAAUGUCCUCUAAAGACAAUCUUUUUUUUAAGUUUUCACUAAUUUGGAUCAAGAAAUUACUUUUCUUAUAUUUAAACAAUGGUAGCUCACUAAAAUGACCUCAGUACAUGGCUAAUUUCUAAUAACAUAUUAUUGUAAAGGUAUUUUACAUUUUUAUUCAUACUCCAGAAAUCUAAAUGCACUAAUGAUAAAUUUUAAGCCUAUAAAAAUGUUUUAUUUUUUCCAUCGGUGAUGAACAUUAAAAUGUACAUUUGUGAUCCCCAUUUCAUCAAUACCUCAUCACACCAAGGCUUCUUGAUUAUAAAGAUAUGUGUGUGAUUCCAAGAAAAUAAGUCUCAGGUGGUGAUUUGUCACCCAAACACCUGGUUUCUCACACACAUCUGCUGGCCUCCUUUUGGAAAAACCCACUGUGCUAUCAGUCAGUACUUGCUGCUUCUAUAGUGACUGGAUCUGUGUCAUCUUAUGUGAGCUCUUGGACCUUUUAGUGUGUGUGUGUUCAGAAUGGAUUACAUUGUCAUUCAGCCCUUAACAACUCUGGGAUGUCAACAGAGACUUGUGGUUUCUUAAAUUUAGAAACUCAUGCUUGCAUAAAAUGACAAGUUGGAACAAAGUUCUUUCUGAAUAUUCUGAUUCCAAAUGCUUAGAUUUAAAAUAUUUGUAGAAUACAUCUCUUUGAACCAAGUGGUUUAUUUUGCUUCAGAGUUUGAACUUUUUUUUUUUUUUUUUUUAGAAACUGUGAAAAAAAUGUUUAUAGAAAAAUGCAAAUAGGUACAAAAAGGUUAGGCCAAUGUAAGGAACACUCUCCAGCUUCAGACCUGCCCACUUCAAAGUCAUGUAUUAGCUUAAAAAAAUUCACCCUCUUCCAUGCUACCCCCAUUAACAGGAAGAACUGAGGUUUGGGCCUGUGCCUGUUUCCUGUUUCCUCCCUACAGUUAUAUAGUGACUUAGCUUUUGUGAAGAAUUUUAUUUUGGAGUGGGGGUUAGCUUUGUUCUACUAUUGGCACUCUUAAGGAUACUUGCCUUGUGGGCCAUACUGGGUGUAGUCACAGUCCACAAAUGUUGUAAAACUGAGCUACAUUUCCAGAAUUCCUAUGUAACUUAAAUACCAGAGAGAACAGGUUUCCCCUGCACCCUCACCGAUAUACUUUGUCUAUUUUAUGUACUGUAUCUAUGUCUUAUUUUGCACAUAAAAAAUAGCCAAUGUUCAUUCCCUUGGGGGUGAAAAGUUUCCUCAUUGAGAAUGUGCGUGUUGUAUAUACAACACUUUAUAUAUAUGUAAUCUUGUACACAAGCAUUUUAUUUGGCCUAUCACUUGGUAAUAUGGUUGUUAACUUUUAAAAUCUACACUUCAUAGGGUCAGGACAGAUGCCGUUACAGCUAUUCAUAUCAACAAAAAAUAUUUUAGGUAACUUUUUGAUAAAUAGGCUUGUUUAAAAUGUAACUCAGGUUUACAGUACAACCGAAUAGUACCUGUGUUUUAUUUUCUGUGUAAAAUAAAGCUCAAAGCUUUUGGA